AUGAAUUUCCUGUUUAUGCUGAUUGAGUACUGGGUCCUUCCCUCCAUUCCACCACCUUGGACAAAGAUUGUGUCCCAUGGGAUGAGGAGUUGUACUGUUGAGUACCUGAUCACUGGGCGCUCUGGGAAGCUGGACAGUCACAUUAGGACGCUGGGACUGAGGAAGCCGCUGCUUUUCCAGUGGGAUAAAACCCGAUCUUCCUUACUCAAGGAUCAGCAAGGGACUUUUUCUGCCUCUGCAGCCACGGAAGGUUGUAAUAAAAGUAAAUCUAGUUCGGCUGAUCCGGACUAUUGCAGGAGGAUCCUAGUUAGAGAUGCCAAAGGUUCAAUCCGAGAGAUUAUUCUGCCUAAAGGGCUUGAUCUGGACCGUCCCAAGCGGACCCGCACCUCCUUCACGGCCGAGCAGCUCUACCGCCUGGAGAUGGAGUUUCAGCGCUGCCAAUACGUCGUGGGCCGGGAACGCACCGAGCUCGCCCGCCAGCUCAAUCUCUCCGAGACUCAG